UCCCUCGGUAGGCCCCCCCGCACCGUGUUCCCCACUGUACACCCCCCCACCUAGUCGUGCGAGCCCUGGCGCCCCCCCUCGAGUCGGCCGCUGGAGGUUUUGUUUAUGGUUGGGUUCGCGGCCUAGUGGGCCGCGCCAGAGCCGGGGCCUCGAUUUGGGAGCGUGGCCGGGGCGGGGCUUGGGGCAGUCGGCGGCGGGGGGGGGCCAUGCGGCUAGAGCCUGAGACGGGGGAGAGCGAGAAAGAGCGCGAGUGAGCGAGGCCUGGGCCCCGCCUGAGUAUUCUACCUUGUAAAUACUGUUAUUUGUAUAUACUGUAAAUGAUGACGUCGGUGGGCACUAACCGAGCCCGGGGAAACUGGGAACCACCUCAAAACCAAAACCAGACACAGCACAAGCAGCGGCCCCAGGCCACUGCAGAACAAAUUCGACUUGCACAGAUGAUUUCGGACCAUAAUGAUGCUGACUUUGAGGAAAAGGUGAAACAGUUGAUUGAUAUCACAGGCAAGAACCAGGAUGAAUGUGUCAUUGCUUUGCAUGACUGCAAUGGAGAUGUCAACAGAGCCAUCAAUGUACUGCUGGAAGGAAACCCAGAUACGCAUUCCUGGGAGAUGGUCGGGAAGAAGAAGGGUGUCUCAGGACAGAAGGAUGGUGGCCAAACGGAAUCAAACGAGGAAGGCAAAGAAAAUCGAGACCGCGACAGAGACUAUAGUCGGCGACGUGGUGGGCCACCAAGACGGGGAAGAGGUGCCAGCCGUGGACGAGAGUGUAUGCAUGGGGCUUUAACAAAACCAGCUGUGGUUCGAGGUCAGGAAAAUGGAUUAGAUGGCACCAAGAGUGGAGGGCCUUCUGGAAGAGGCACAGAAAGAGGCAGAAGAGGUCGUGGCCGAGGCAGAGGUGGCUCUGGUAGGCGCGGAGGAAGAUUUUCUGCUCAAGGAAUGGGGACCUUUAACCCAGCUGAUUAUGCAGAGCCGGCCAAUACUGAUGAUAACUACGGCAAUAAUAGUGGCAAUACAUGGAACAACACUGGCCACUUUGAACCAGAUGAUGGGACGAGACUUGAUUUCAUUGGGGUUGAGGGGUCAAAUUAUCCCCGAAAAUUUGAGACUGCUCCUGGUGCAUGGAGGACUGCAACAGAGGAGUGGGGAACUGAAGAUUGGAAUGAAGAUCUUUCUGAGACCAAGAUCUUCACUGCCUCUAAUGUGUCUUCAGUGCCUCUGCCUGCGGAGAAUGUGACAAUCACUGCUGGUCAGAGAAUUGACCUUGCUGUUCUGUUGGGAAAGACACCAUCUUCCAUGGAGAAUGAUUCAUCUAAUCUGGAUCCCUCUCAGGCUCCUUCUCUUGCCCAGCCUCUGGUGUUCAGUAACUCGAAGCAGAGUGCCAUAUCACAGCCUGCUUCAGGGAACACAUUUUCUCAUCACAGUAUGGUGAGCAUGUUAGGGAAAGGAUUUGGUGAUGUCGGUGAAGCUAAAGGCAGCAGCACCACAGGCUCCCAGUUCUUGGAGCAAUUCAAGACUGCUCAGGCCCUGGCUCAGUUGGCAGCUCAGCAUUCUCAAUCUGGAACCACCACCACCUCCUCAUGGGACAUGGGCUCUACCACACAGUCCCCAUCGCUGGUGCAGUAUGAUUUGAAGAACCCAAAUGAUUCAACAGUGCACAGCCCCUUUACAAAGCGCCAGGCUUUCACCCCGUCUUCAACCAUGAUGGAGGUGUUCCUUCAGGAGAAGGCACCUGCUGUGGCUACCUCCACAGCCGCACCUCCACCCCCGUCUUCUCCUCUGCCAAGCAAAUCCACCUCGGCUCCACAAAUGUCUCCUGGGUCUUCAGACAACCAAUCCUCCAGCCCUCAGCCGGCUCAGCAAAAACUGAAACAGCAGAAGAAAAAAGCCUCCUUGACUUCUAAGAUUCCUGCUCUGGCUGUGGAGAUGCCUGGUUCAGCAGAUAUCUCAGGGCUAAACCUGCAGUUUGGGGCGUUGCAGUUUGGGUCAGAGCCUGUCCUUUCUGAUUAUGAGUCCACCCCCACCACGAGCGCCUCUUCAAGCCAGGCUCCAAGUAGCCUCUAUACCAGCACGGCCAGUGAAUCUUCAUCCACAAUUUCAUCUAACCAGAGUCAGGAGUCCGGUUAUCAGAGUGGCCCAAUUCAGUCGACAACCUAUACCUCCCAAAAUAAUGCUCAGGGCCCUCUAUAUGAACAGAGAUCCACACAGACUCGGCGGUACCCCAGCUCCAUCUCUUCAUCACCCCAAAAGGACUUGACUCAGGCAAAGAAUGGCUUCAGUUCUGUGCAGGCCACGCAGUUACAGACCACGCAAUCUGUUGAAGGUGCUACGGGGUCUGCAGUGAAAUCUGACUCACCUUCCUCUUCGGGCAUCCCCCCUCUCAGUGAAACGGUAUCUGCAGCUUCCUUACUGACGACAACCAAUCAGCACUCAUCCUCCUUGGGUGGCUUGAGCCACAAUGAGGAGAUUCCAAAUACUACCACCACACAACACAGCAGCACGUUAUCUACUCAGCAGAAUACCCUUUCGUCAUCAACAUCUUCUGGGCGCACUUCGACAUCCACUCUUUUGCACACGAGCGUGGAGAGUGAGGCGAAUCUCCAUUCUUCCUCCAGCACUUUCUCCACCGCAUCCAGCACCGUCUCUGCUCCUCCCCCAGUGGUCAGUGUCUCCUCCAGUCUCAGUAGUGGCAGUAGCUUGGGCCUCAGCCUAGGCAGCAACUCUACCGUCACAGCCUCCACUCGAAGCUCAGUUGCUACGACUUCAGGAAAAGCUCCUCCCAACCUCCCUCCUGGGGUCCCGCCAUUGUUGCCUAAUCCAUAUAUUAUGGCUCCAGGGCUGUUACAUGCCUACCCGCCACAGGUAUAUGGUUAUGAUGACUUGCAGAUGCUUCAGACAAGAUUUCCAUUGGAUUACUACAGCAUCCCAUUUCCCACACCCACCACUCCACUGACUGGGAGGGAUGGUAGCCUGGCCAGCAACCCUUAUUCUGGUGACCUCACAAAGUUCGGCCGUGGGGAUGCCUCCUCCCCGGCCCCAGCCACAACCUUGGCCCAACCCCAACAGAACCAGACGCAGACUCACCAUACCACGCAGCAGACAUUCCUGAACCCGGCGCUGCCUCCUGGCUACAGUUACACCAGCCUGCCAUACUACACAGGGGUUCCUGGCCUUCCCAGCACCUUCCAGUAUGGGCCUGCUGUGUUCCCUGUGGCUCCUACCUCUUCCAAGCAGCAUGGUGUGAAUGUCAGUGUGAAUGCAUCAGCCACCCCUUUCCAACAGCCAAGUGGUUAUGGGUCUCAUGGAUACAACACUGGUGUGUCAGUCACCUCCAGUAAUACAGGCGUGCCAGAUAUCUCGGGUUCUGUGUACUCCAAAACCCAGCAGUCCUUUGAGAAACAAGGUUUUCAUUCCGGUACUCCUGCUGCCUCCUUCAACUUGCCUUCAGCCCUAGGAAGUGGGGGGCCCAUCAAUCCGGCCACAGCUGCUGCCUACCCACCUGCCCCCUUUAUGCACAUCCUGACUCCCCAUCAGCAGCCGCAUUCCCAGAUCCUUCACCAUCACCUGCAGCAGGAUGGCCAGCUACCAUAUUUGCAGAUGAUUCUCUGUUGCCAGCGCCAGCAGGAGGAGCAGACGGGCAGCGGGCAACGUAGCCAGACCAGCUCCAUCCCGCAGAAGCCCCAGACCAACAAGUCUGCCUACAACAGCUACAGCUGGGGGGCCAACUGAGGCCCCGAUCCUCUUCUCCCGGUCCCAUCUUCUGAGAGGGCUUCUCAGCCUGGCAACUAUGGAAACAGCAUCAAAGAGAGAAAAGAAUGUGGGGGGUUCCGCUACCCCCCACCCCCAGCGGCCCACCCCAUGCCUCAGCUUCACGUCUGUCCCAUUCCCAUACCAUCCCCACUCUGUUGUAUGUAUUAUAGGAUUUGUAUUUUCUCCUUUUUUUUUUUCUUCCUUUCCUCUCUUCCUCCUCCCUUGCAUUCAAGAUUAUGAAACUUUGCUGUGGGCCCUGCCCUCUCUUCUCCUCCUCCUGUUCACCCUGGUGGUGUGUGGGUGAGGUGGGGAGGGGGGACCCCCAAAUAUAUAUCAGCCCAACAGCCCUGAGUCUCCUCCUUUAUUAUUAGGAAACAAAACAACAACAACAAAAAAUGGCGUCAUGAAUAUGAACAGCAUUGUCAGAUGAAUUAGUUGAAGUGGUUUUUUUUUUUGUACUGUGUCCUCAAAUUUAAUGGAUUAAUGUGUCUUGUAUAUAUAAAAAGAAAACCUCUA